AGUGUGAACAGUCCAGCGACCUCAUCAAAUCCGUGCUGGGGGAGAACGUGCUGUGUGAGAAGGGCAAGCGGGCAGACACGUCGCCUGAGAAGCUCAGGCGAUGUCAUCUGCUGAUUAAAGACCAGGCUAAAGAACUGACCCGCUUAUAUAAGAAGCUGCGGGAAGGGAAAGAUGUUUCCCAGCUGCUCGUUCAGCACCUGGACGCCCUCCUCACCCAUGAUGGCGCUGAGCAUUCCCAACGGCAGGGCUUGCAAGGGCAACUGGCUGAGGGACGCAGGCUGGCCAAGUGCCUUGCCCGAAAGCUCAGCCCAGAAAAUUACGACCACGACGGGGACGACGACGACGUCGGAGAAGAAGAAGGAGAAGGAGAAGGAGAAGGAGAAGGAGAAGAAGAAACAACACUGACUAUCGUACAGUACAACCCAAUGGAUCAGGAGGGGCCGAAAGGCCAGGAGGACUCCGUUGCCCCUAGGCUCACCACACGGCUGCUAGAGCAGGACACCUCACGGGACACUCCGGAUGAACGCUACCUGACAUACCCAGUGCUUCCCGACCUCUCUGACUCCCACCGGCCUUACAGGCGCUCCGCCAUCUUCUCACCGGAGGACCCACAAGUCUCUUCCUCUCUGCAAGUGGCCAAAUAUCAACUGAAUCAUGAGGAGGAAGAAGGCCGAGACCCGCUAUGCCCCAGGCCCAGCACAAAGCUUCCAGAGGUGGAAGAGCAGGACGCCCAAGGAGACCCACUGGAUGAAUGCUAUCUGACUUAUUCAGCCCUUCCUGACCUGGCUGACCUGCAAGGGACCUCUACGAGGGCUGGCAUAAACUCAUUUGACGACAUGGACAAUUCUUCUGCUCUGGCAGUAGCUAGUGAGUCCUCUCUGGUCAAGGAACUCAUAAAGGUCUUCUGGAGGAAGAAGACCAAGACCCGCUAUGCCCCAGGUAACUCUGAGGAAUCGUGGCUUCUUUCAGUGGUGAAUUGA